AUGGAAAACAAGUCUGGUAAAAGAAAGGCAAAGGAGGAUAAUAUGGGUUUUCAAGGUUAUGAUUUGAGGGAUAACCCUAAGAAAUCUUGGAAGUCUUUGGGGUCUAAUGGUGAGGAUAAUGCCACCGAUAGCUCGACCCUUGAUGAGUUCCAAUGCAAAGCUUGCGCCAAACAAUUUGAGUCGAUGAAAGCUUUGUUUGGUCAUAUGAGGCAUCAUUCUGCAAAAGGAAGGAAAGAAGUUAACUUUCAAGAAUGUGGCAGAAAGUUAAAGUCUUUGAGGGCUCUCACUAGUCAUAUGAGGUUGCACCCUUUGAAGAGCAUAACAGUGAAGAGAAAGAGAUCGAAAAGAUUGAGGUGCGAUAGUAAUGGUCCAAAUGAGUCUUUUGGUUUAGUUGAAAUUGAUCAAGAUGUUGAAGAUGCUGCUUUGUGUUUGAUAAUGUUGUCUAGGGGUGUAGAGGAUUGGACCCAAUUCAAUUGUUUUUGGGAGUCUUGUGAUAAUAUUGAUUCCGAGAUCAAAUCUUUUGAUCAAAACAAAGAAAUUUUGCAGUCUCCUUAUGGUUAUGGGGAUGCCUUCGAUUCAUACGCUUCGGGUUCUAUCGAUGGUUUCCGUGACAAGAACAUAAAUGAAAGUAAAGAAUCGGAUUCUGGGAUUUUGUCUGAGAAGGGAAAGAACGGUGAAUCUGGAUUCAAAUUGUGUGGAACUGAGAUCAAGGGAAGAAUUUCCAGUGAAGUAAUGAACUUGGGAUGCCACGAUAAUGCUUGCUAUUCGGGACCAGGAGGAGAUGACUCUAACAAGUUAACAAGUACUCCACUGAAUUCUGAGGUGUCUGAUGAUUCCCAGAGCAAGAACAAAUACAAGUGCAGGAUUUGCAGCAAGACUUUCAAAUCUCAGCAGGCACUUGGAGGCCAUCAAACCCACAGAAAGAGUAAUACUUGA